AUGAACUUUGCAGUUGAAGGCUCAGGAGUGAUUGGCCCUGUUACUUUUUCCGGCGUGGUAAGACUAUUAUCAAAGGAUAGAUCUUUCGACUAUGAUAAGGGGAUCUGCAACAUAUACUUAAUCAAAGUGGCGGAUGCAUCAUCCGAAGUCAAUGGCGACCGUAGUGUUUACCGAGAGGGUGCCAAAUUCAUUCAGACAAUUGUUGCUCCAUGUCUAGGGAAUUUAGGUCUCAACUUGAGUGUACAUGGUAAAUAUAAAAUCGAUGGACUAAUUGUCAGGGAUGAUGCAUGUGGUACAACAUGGGAGUUUAAUCCACUCCUCGCGAAAACGUUGAAAAACUUAGAGUACCUCAAGGUAUCGGGUACUGGACGCGUUGCCACCGUCAACUUAGCUUUGGCUGCAUGGAAAAGCGUUCCUGGACAAGAUGAAAUUUUGGUUAACAAUGACCCAUUAUGGCUCCAUUAUCCGGUUCUGUGGAAAGUUUAUUGGUGA